ACCAAACCCUAGCUCGCGCCCCUCUUUGAUGCUCUUCGUCCCGCGCCAAGUCGCACUCGCUUCCCUCUCCCCACCCGCCGCCGCCGCCAUGGCCGAGGAGCCGCCGAGGAAGGAGAAGAAGAGCAAGGGCAAGAGCAAGGCGCCCGCCAAGCGCUCCCCCGAGGCGAGGAGGGCCGCCGCGGUGGCCUGCGUCGCCGCCUUCCUCGAGUCCGGCGGCUUCCCCCGCACGCUCGCCGCCUUCCAGUCCGAGGCCAAACUCGACGGAGGCGCCUGGAGGACGCCGGCGGUCAGCCUGGAAGAGCUGGUUGCCAAAUUUCUGGACCCGAGCCAUUCUGCUCCGGGAGACAGCAUUGCAGCGAGCACUCAGCAAGAGAAAAUAGCUGACGCGGUAGUGGAAGAGAAAGAGACGGGCAAGAAAAAGAAGAAUAAGAAAGCUGGUGCUGAAGUUGGUGAACCUGAGGUUGAGGCAAGUGAACCUUCUGCCCCUGAAAAACCGAGUGAAAAGGCGGAUGUAAUAGCAAAGACUGAAGAUCAGAAGCCUGAUGGCAAGAAAAAGAAAAGCAAGAAACAGGAAAAGAUUGAGGAUGUUGAAGCUAGGCUGGAGAAGGCGCAAUUAGCAGUAAAAAACAAGUUUGAGGCUGCAGGGAAACUUAAGGAUGGCAAGAAAUCGGGAGAGGAAGAACCUAAGAGUCAGAAUGAUGGUUCUGACAAGAAUGGUUUGGGCGAUGGUGCUCCUCUGGAUAAAGGGAAGAAAAAGAAGAAGAGUAAAUCAACUCCAGAGACCUCAGAUAAGAUUGAUGCAGGAACUGCACCUACUGAGGUCGAGGGGAAAUCUAAUGGUGCCAGUGUGAAUAGUGAUGCUGUAGAAGAAGGGAAAGAUGCCAAUGAAAAGAAAAGUAAAAAGAAGAAAAAGAAGCUGAGUUCUGAAUCAGAUGACGAAAACAAGAUUGGAAUGGACAUCGAGACAGGUGAAGAUGGAAGGGUUUCAACUGAUAAUGGAGUUACUAAGAAGAGGAAACUUGAAGACAAAGAAGGUAUCACUGGCACUGAGGAUGAUGUGAAUGAGUGCAGCACCAUAUUGAAGCCAAAUAAAAGGCAGAAACUUUCCGAGCCUAAAGCUUUGAUUCCGUUUCAACGUGUGAAGCUGGAUGAUGUUAAAUUUGCUGAUGAAAGACUACAGGAUAAUUCAUAUUGGGCUAAGGGUGGUGCGGACUCUGGGUACGGUGCGAAGGCACAGGAGAUUCUUGGCCAAGUCAGAGGAAGGGGCUUUAGACAUGAGAAGACCAAGAAGAAGCGUGGAACCUACAGGGGUGGGCUCAUUGACCUCCAAACCCACUCGAUUAAGUUCGACAAUUCAGACGACGAGUGAUUGCUUCACAUCUGCAAGCCUCCCAAAUUUUCCUGCCCUCAUUACUUGGGUCAGUCUCGCUGAAUGGAAGAAGUGAGGGGAAUGCCCUCUUUCUGGUUGGAGCAAAAAAGGUUAUGUGGGUGCCCAUUUUGUUGUGCUCUGUGCCCUGCUAAGUUAUCAGGACAUUGUAUCGGACUCAUCAGUGAGACUCACCAUUUUGUUACUAGAAAUGUGAAACGAAGUACUACUACAGAUCAUUCUAUUGGUACUCUGGCUACAGUAAUGUUCUCUC